GGCGGGCGGCGGCGAGGCCUGGCGCGCAGGGCGAGGGCGGUGGCGGCGCAGUCUGCACCAUGUCGUACCCGGGGCAUCCUGGCGCCGGCGGCGGGUACUACCCAGGCGGGUAUGGAGGGGCUCCUGGAGGGCCUGCGUUUCCCGGACAAACUCAAGAUCCGCUGUAUGGUUACUUUGCUGCUGUAGCUGGACAGGACGGGCAGAUAGAUGCUGAUGAAUUGCAGAGAUGUCUGACACAGUCAGGCAUUGCUGGAGGAUACAAACCUUUUAACCUGGAGACUUGUCGGCUUAUGGUUUCAAUGCUGGAUAGAGAUAUGUCUGGCACAAUGGGUUUCAAUGAAUUUAAAGAACUCUGGGCUGUACUGAAUGGCUGGAGACAACAUUUUAUCAGUUUUGACACUGAUAGGAGUGGCACAGUAGAUCCACAAGAAUUGCAGAAGGCCCUGACAACAAUGGGAUUUAGGUUGAGUCCCCAGGCCGUGAAUUCAAUUGCAAAACGGUAUAGCACCAAUGGAAAGAUCACCUUUGAUGACUACAUUGCCUGCUGCGUCAAACUGAGGGCUCUUACAGACAGCUUUCGAAGACGGGAUACUGCUCAGCAAGGUGUUGUGAAUUUCCCAUAUGAUGAUUUCAUCCAAUGUGUCAUGAGUGUUUAAAUCAAGAGGAAGCUGAAUGAACAUAAUUGACAUUCCAACUGGAGCUCUCCUUCGCUUGUCCUCUCUGCCUUCAGUAAUAUGUGUAAACUUACAUCACGACUUUUCAACAGCUGUUUUAAAGUUUAUUACUUUAUGUACAACUGAAGUUUUAUUUUUAGUUUUGAUAAUAAAUUCUUUGGAACUUUAAUAAGA